UCCCCUCGUUCUGCAGUUCCUAGGAACCACCUUCUGCUCCCAGCCUCGAGCUCCAGUCCCCUGUUCCUCCUGACAUCUGAGAGGCUCUGCUGCAGCUUAUCCUGGGCUAACUGUUUAUCCUGUACAGCCUGGCAACCGGCCGCACGCUCCGGAUUACCACAGGACACCCGUUUCAAAACACACUUCUGCUCUGACUAAUCGAGAGUGAAUUUUUUUUUAACUGGAGGAAAAAAGUUUUGGGAUAGACAAAGGAAAAAAUCUUGGAUAUGUGCUUGUGAUCUUUUUUGGUUGAUUCAGUAACUUUACCGUCUUUUUUUGCCCUUCUCACCUCUCCUGGAGGGCUGUGUGUGUGUUUUCACGCCAUGGAUCACACACUGUUCGGCUGCCUGCGGAGCCCCCACGCCCCGGCGCAGGCCCUGCAUCCCGCCUUCACCCAGUCUCCACUGACUCUGCACGGACGCUCGGACCACGUCUCCUACCCCGACCUGGCCUCCUCAUCCUCCUCCUCCUCCACCUCCUCGCCUUCUCCCUGUAUCAUCUCCAGCUACCCGGUGGACGACGGCCUGUUUCCCGGGCAGCACCACCACCACCCCCACCGCGGCCACCUGCCCUCCCAGCAGCAUCACCACCCGCCUCAGCACCAUGCGUCCUGGCAUAUCCCACAGAUGCCGUCACCUGGCGGCGGCACGCGCCACAAUCUUUGCCACCCGCACUCUCACUCAUCCCACGACAGCGGGCCCACACCCCCAGAUCUGGGCCACCCUGGCGGGCCCAGUAUGUGCGCCAGCACCCCCAGUCUGGGCAUUGGCAGCACCCCUACAGGGGCCUCCUGUGUGCCUGCAGAUUUUGGCAGACAAACUCUGUCACCUGCUGAAGCCGAGAAGAGGAACAGCAAGAGGAAAAGUGACAGUUCAGAGUCCCAGGACGGGAAUUACAAGUCAGACGUGAGCAGCAAACCCAGGAAGGAGCGGACGGCGUUCACCAAGGAGCAGAUCCGAGAGCUGGAGGCCGAGUUCGCCCACCACAACUACCUAACCCGGCUAAGGCGCUACGAGAUCGCCGUCAACCUCGACCUCACUGAAAGACAAGUGAAGGUGUGGUUUCAGAACAGGAGGAUGAAGUGGAAGAGAGUGAAGGGCGGCCAGCAGGGGGCGGCGGCUCGAGAGAAAGAACUGGUCAAUGUGAAAAAGGGGACGCUGCUGCCGUCGGAGUUCUCUGGCAUCGCGGCGCUCCACCACUCGACGGACUCCUUAGCCAACGAGGACAGUCACGACAGCGACCAGAGCUCCGAGCACGCUCACUUAUGAUGCACACACCCCCCUCCCCCCCCCCCCCCCUCAGAGGACAGGCCCUGCUCCGCCUCAGGACCGUCCUCAGAAGGACUGCUGUUUGCUGACAUCGUCAUACAACGAUGCUAAAUAAGUGUACAAACGUGUGGUAGAUAAUGCAGCCGUCAUGCAGGCAAAAUGUAAAUUUCAAGAACUGAGCACAAAACGGAGGAUGUUAUUUCAAAGCGCCAUUGGUUAAAAAUGUCCUUGAUAGAUGCCAAAACGAGGAAUAAUAUAAAUAUUGACAUGUGAGGUUUUGGCUUCACAGAUUCACUGAAUAUUGCAAAACAUUUGGAAAUCACACUUCGUCAAACAGUUGUAAACAUUCCAUGUCGUGUGCCUCGAGAGACGCAGGCUUUGAAUUGCACUGUCGAACACACAGUCUGCACCUCAGUCCGUUUCUACUGUACAAACUGUAAAUUACGAUGUAAUUGAGUUUUUGAUCAAAUCAAGUGCCAGGAAAUCAAAUUUGCCUAGCUAAUAUAAAUGAUCUGUAAAUAAUUCUCUGUAUUGUGUAACAGUAAUUUUAUACCCACCACACUAUUCAGCUCACGCAGUAAUAAACACUGACAGUUCUUUAGUUGACACUUUUCUGCCUGGAGAUGACGUUUUGUAAACAAAUCUGAAACCUGAAGCAAGUAUUUUAUUAAAUCCUUUCAGGGACAGUUGCAGAUCGAAUAAAAUUUAACCAGUGGUAAAUGGAA